AUGGCGCCUUCGACCCCUCACAUAUCUGGCCAGCUGAGGCAACUCAUCUAUUACCACCUUGACAACAACCUCAUCAAUAAUGCUCUCUUCCUCGCUGGCCGCCUACAUGCCUACGAACCGCGUUCAUCAGAAUCCUCGUACCUACUUGCGUUAUGUCACUUACUGAGUGGCCAGCCCAAGGCCGCCUGGGAAUACAGCCGGAAUGCUGGCUCGCGCGGCACUCACCUUGGAUGCUCCUAUGUUUUAGCACAAGCGUGCCUUGACCUGGGGAAGUAUAUGGAUGGAAUCACGGCGUUGGAACGCAGCCGCAGCCUUUGGGCCUCGAAGAGUCACUGGAAUAAACAUAGCGAGACGCGGCGGCAACAUUACCCCGAUGCGGCGGCAGUUAUUUGUUUACAAGGGAAGCUAUGGCAGGCCAACAAGGAUCUUCGCAAAGCUGUCGAAUGCUAUGUCGAGUCUUUGAAACUCAAUCCCUUCAUGUGGGAUGCAUUUACUGCUCUCUGUGAGGCAGGGGUCAAUAUCAAAGUAUCGAACCUGUACAAAUUGACACCUGAGCUCGUCGCGAUGGUGCAAGCCGCACCCCUACCCGAUUCUACGGCGCUUUCUGAUAAAACCGUGCCACACAAUGGUCCCUUGCAAACACAGCUGAACACGAACCCCAAUGCCGACCCAUUUUUCUCCAAUUCCUCAAAGGGAGACUCCAGCUUGUCACACGGAAGUUCAGCGCUUUGGGAAAAACUCAAUGGGAGCACUGUCAGCGUCGCAUCCGUAGGGCCCGCCGUGAUUCACGAAGGAAUGGAGACCCCAGUUGCUCAGAAUGAUCCCGACGAUGUUCGCCUUAUGAACGGGGCUGUGUCCUCUAAUGAUCCAUGGGAACCCCGUCUUGCGCCGGCUAGACGGAACAGGCCUUUGCAGCACUCCGAGUAUGGCGAUCCGCCUCCUAAAAUGCGAACCACGGCUUUGAAAUCCCGGAUUCGAUCCAGAGCGGAGCCAGAAGAUUCAAAUCCUGUUCAUAUUGAAGAAGAGCCUGUUCCUGUUCCUUCAAUUGGUGAAAGGAAACGGACGGUCUCCGGACAAGUUGCACACCAACCUGUGCCACAGCCUCUUGAACCAGGUGCCCCGCAACGGCGGAGCACGCGACUACUCAACCAUAUAAGGCCCACAACUUCCAAACUAGCCGCCUCUACUCUCAGAGAGGGACGGGAGGUCAAGAAAGUUAGGGCUACCGGCACGAAAGGGCGAACAGCUACUGCGUCAUCUAUGGGCCGUGCAGUGAGUGGGAAUAGAAAACAUAUACCCAGCGGGCCGGAUGGUGAUGGCAAAGAAAGCCGCCCAGCGGGGUCUUCGAAUAUCAGCAACAUGGGCAAAAGUGCGGCACCUGAUCGUACAAAGGAAAUCGAGGCUCUUUCUUGGAUUCUGGAUCUGUUUGCCAAAUUGGCUACUGGUUGUUUCAACCUGGCCCGGUAUAAAUGUCCGGAAGCUAUUCAGACUCUGAAUCUCUUGCCACAAGGUCAACGCGAAACGCCAUGGGUGCUUUCGCAAAUAGGACGAGCUUAUUAUGAACAAGCUCUAUACACGGAUGCUGAAAAAUAUUUUAUCCGAGUGAAGACUUUGGCACCGUUUCGCCUUGAAGACAUGGAGAUAUACUCCACCGUUCUUUGGCAUCUCAAGCAUGAUGUGGAGCUGUCAUAUCUGGCUCACGAACUAAUGGAGGCAGAUCGCCUAUCACCCGAGGCCUGGUGUGCUGCUGGCAACUCUUUCUCACACCAGCGUGACCACGAACAAGCAUUGAAGUGCUUCAAGCGAGCUACACAGCUAAAUCCACGAUUUGCUUAUGCAUUUGCUUUACAAGGACACGAAUACGUCGCCAAUGAGGAAUACGACAAGGCUCUUGAUGCAUUCCGCAGUGGAAUAAAUGCUGAUAACCGGCAUUACAACUCGUGGUACGGCCUUGGCCAGGUGUAUGAAAAGAUGGGCAAACUAGAGUAUGCAGAACAGCAUUACCGAAAUGCCGUUCAGAUCAACCCAAGCAAUGCGGUGCUUAUUUGUUGCAUUGGUCUUGUGAUUGAAAAGAUGAGCAAUCCCAAGACUGCCCUGUUUCAUUACAGCCGUGCCACAUCACUGGCUCCGCAAUCGGUCCUGGCCAGGUUCCGGAAAGCACGUGUUCUCAUGAAACUUGAAGAAUUCAAAUUGGCUUUGGCAGAACUGAAAGUUCUCAAGGAUAUCGCUCCGGAUGAAGCAAAUGUCCAUUACCUACUUGGAAAGUUGUACAAGGUACUUCAAGACAAGGCUAAUGCUAUCAAGCAUUUCACCGCUGCCCUCAAUCUGGAUCCCAAGGCCGCGCAAUAUAUCAAAGACGCCAUGGAAGCUUUGGAUGACGAUGAGGACGAUGCUGACAUGGCUUGA